UUAUGUAAAAUGGAGAAAAAAGAAUCAAGUAGAAUUAAGGACCUCCAACAGAAGAGAGUGCUGGAUGACGCGGCCCGCAGGAGAAGACAGAGGAAAGCAUUAGAGGCCCUGGAACAGGAUAAUUUCCAGGACGACCCUCACGCUGACCUGAAAAUGAGUAAAAAGGCUCCCAAGUUUGAGGAGUCCAUGGAAUCACCAGCACCAACAGGAAAGAAAAAGCGUAAAAGUAAAGCAGACAACUUCAAAUUUCGGUACAAGAAAAGUUUUGCUGCAUUACUUGAAGAGGAGCACAUGUUGAACAAAGAUUCCCCUAAUUACAACACGGCAGGAGUUCCCCCCUCGCGAUUCCCCGACAGAAAGUUCUGUGCCGUUUGUGGAUUUCCCUCUAAUUACACGUGUGUACAGUGUGGAGCCAGGUACUGCUGCGUGAGGUGUCUAGGUACACAUCAGGAUACGAGGUGUUUGAAGUGGACUGCCUGA